AAAACUCUUCGUCUCUUCUUCAAUUCCACAAUGAUGGAAGUCGACGUACCUCACACAAUCCCCAAUGGAAUUCCUGAGCAGGCAAAGGAAAGAUUUACCAGCGGUCUUAUUCUUCCUCCUCCAGAAAUCAAAUCCGUGAUUGACAAAACUGCUUCAUAUGUUGCCCAGUCUGCGAACCCACCUCUUUUCGAGGACAAAGUCCGAGAAGGGCAGCGCUCAGAUCCAAAAUUCUCCUUCCUCAAUCCAGCUGACCCGUACCAUGCAUACUACCGACACAAGAUGGACAAAAUAUUCCAAGGCGAAAUUGAUGAUGAACAGGUUCCAUCUGGGGAUGACAAAGUAGACGGCGCCGCGAUUCAAGCCAAGGUUGUCGAUGUUGGUCUCGAACCACCGACGCCCGUAUUCAUCAUCGACAUGCCAAACAUUAGUGCGAUCGACUUGGACACCAUGAAACUCACUGCUUUAUUCACCGCCCGACGUGGUCGAAACUUUCUCGCUGCGCUUUCUGCUAGGGAAGGCCGAAACUAUCAAUUCGACUUCCUGAGACCUAAUCACUCCCUCUUUGGCUACUUUAAUCGGCUGGUGGAUCAGUAUACCAAAAUAAUAAAUCCUGACAAGGAAACCUUGGAAAUACUGAAAAGCCGCGUUGACGAAGGAGCACGUUCAAAGACUCUGGACUUAGCGCGGAAGCAUGCCAAAUGGGAGCGAAGAAAGAGAGAGAAAGAAAAGAGACGACAAGACGACCAGGAAGCGGAACGAAUCGCGUUCGCUGAGAUUGAUUGGCAUGACUAUGCCAUUGUUCAGACCAUUGAAUUCACAAUCGCGGAUGCCACUUCUGAACUUCCUCCGCCAAUGAGUGUACAGGAAGUAGAGAACAUGACUCUGGCACAGAAACGAAUGGCCGCUAUGAUCAUGGAAAAUACCGUCGAAGACGUUGAAGCUCAUCGUGCCAAACAAGCUGCGGCGGAAGCUGAGGCUGCUGCAGCAGUCGGCAAUGCUGGUAUAGGAGGCGACGAUGCUGCUAUGGAGGAGAGCGAUGAUGAAGAUGAAGAAAGAGUGAUGCGCGAGCAGGAGGAGAAGAGGAGAGAGAUUGAGCGUGCAAAAGCCUUACAAGCUAGCUCUGUGAAUGCAGCUGCUGGGCCAAUGAAAAUUCGAACAGACUAUGUCCCGAAACUUGGGUCGAAGAACACCAAAGCUGCAAUGACUAGCUGCAGUAUCUGUGGCCAGCAAAUACCUGUCGACGAGCUACAAGAACACAUGCGUAUUGAACUGCUAGAUCCUCGAUGGAAAGAGCAACGAGACGCACUUGAAGCUCGAAAAGCCCAGGCGUCUGAGCUACAGCGUGGUGCUAACGUUGUCUCGUCGCUCAAGAAUCUUGCUCGUACUCGUGUCGACAUUUUUGGUGCCGAACAAGACGAGGAACGAAGGAAGAAGGAGGAAGAGGAGGAACGGGAAAGACGGAAAGAGAGGGAAAAAGUUGUCUGGGAUGGUCAUACUGCUUCGAAGGCCAAUACGCUGGACAAAUUCUCCACAAACGUCAAUUUCGACGAACAGAUUGCCGCUAUCCAUCGUUCAAAGGGUCUCGGGCCGCAACAAGCGAAUGCUAUUGGGCCUGGCAUUGGUCCCGCAGCUGCACCUUCCCCGCUCACUUCCCUUCCACCCCCUCAUGCGUCAUUACCAGCACCUCCACAGGCAUCUUCCAAUCCAGCAUAUUCCACCGCUACAGUGUCGUCCGGUCCUCAACCUGCUUCGGCGUACCAGACGCCACCCGUUAUGCUACCCCCUUUGCAUUUCCAGGGCAUCGAAACCACGCAGCCUUUCGGUUAUCAACCUGGUAUCGCGCCCGGGAUGCACCCUUCACGAGUAGCUGCUUUAGCGGCCGCAAACGGUGUACUGCAAUCCCAAGCUGGUGUCGUUCGAAGUGCUGAUCAAAUGGAGGGCGUAGAGGACGACAUCCCUCCUGCCAAAAGGCAAAAGGUGAACAAAAUUCCCGGAAGCCAAAUAUACUCAGAAGAAGACUGGAUUGGAAUGCAUCCUCAUCCCAUCUCUCUUCAAUUCCAAUUACCGACAGAUAAUACCAAGCCAGAGUGGAAGUUCGACGGCAAGAUUGUUACUGUCCCAGAUCUUCCUCUCAAUCUUCUUGUCUCGACGUUGCGCGAGCGUAUCAUACAACACAUUGGCAGCUCAGUAAAUGUCUCUCGUAUACGGUUAUCCUAUGCUGGCAAAAUGCUCACGAAUAAAAGCACUAUUGCAAGCUACAAUAUGGAGGACGAAGAGCUUGUGACAUUAACUUUAGGAGAUGCAAAGAAAAAGUGACGGAGUACCCUCCAGGAAUCUUUCCAUUCGUACGUGCAAAUACAUCUCCUGUUUUUGUAGCAAUAUGUGCUUGAUAAAGUAUGUACUUCAUCAUACAGAUCACCUUUCUUGCAAUGGUCAUUGAACAUCCAUAACCUCAAGUGCCCGUGCAAAAUUUCCUUUUUGAAGUUGUCUCUGUCCGUUCCAACGGCGCGUCCCUUUUGCCCUAUAAUGCAGUCAUGUGACCCUGUUCCGGUUGCAGCCCUUUUACUUUCCCAAUGGUGACUCCAACCCUGCGCUCUACCUGUCCAACAAAAGCCUCCCCUGAGCCUCCCUCACCAUAUUGCAUUGUCCUGAAGCUUACAUGAUUGUUCUUUGUUCCCCUCUGUUCUGUAAUUAUUGUACCUUUAUAAAUUGUUGCUGUUUCUAGCUCACAUCUUACACAAAUUUCCCCAGUGCCACAAGUCUCCUGCUUCUAUGAUCUUUACUUGAUGUCUACUGAAAUAAGCAUUCAUU